GUUCUCAGUCGGUGGCCUGUGGAGCACUCUGCAUCCCUGACUGCCGCGCAGAGCUUCGAGCUCUAUCCGCCUGGCUGGCCACGGCUAAGGUGGUACAACCUCCACUUGCGGUCCUAUCCAUUUGCCCCCUAUGCUUUGCACGGCUUUGCUGGCAAUCCAUCGCCCUUCGACGACCCCUUCGACGCGUUGCUUGGCUUCAAAGAAGCAUGCCUUGCAGAGCGUGAGGAGAUUGCUGUAGCCUUGGAGCGAAGCGCGCAGCUACCAGACCUGCGGGACGUGCUGGAGGACAUCCAUCAAACCAUGGGGGUUUCCGUGAUCAUCACUGGCGAUUUUAAUGCGGCCAGCCAUUUGGACGACGCAGAGGGUCCACUGUGGCCUUGCUCGGUGGAGUGUGCGGCCUAUGGACUCGUUGACA